AUGCGUCGUCGUUCUUUUUUCUUCGUCUUCUUCGCGCUGAUUUUAACGACCAUUUUUAACGAAUUCACAUCCGCGCAAGGAAGAGGAAGAGAUGUCGACGACGACGACUCUUCGUUGUCGUCGUCGUUUACGUCUUUGUCGUCGGUGGAUGAAGAAGAAGAAGAAAAAAGUGGUGCCGUCGUAAAAGUCGCAAAAGGAGAAGAUGAACAAGAAGAAGUACCGGCGGUCUCAGAAGAGAAGUCUCUAAAAGCACCACCAACAUCAUCACCAGAGGAAGAGUGGAGUAAUGCUGACUCGUCGUCGACGAACUAUAAAGAAGACGAUGAAGGUGCGGUGAGGAAGAGAACAACGCAGAAAAAAGAAGAAGAAGAAGAAGAUUAUCUUCGAUCGGUGGAAGAAGGAGAAGAAAAACAGAGCAUUCGGGAAAAAAGAGAAGAAACGUUAUCGAAAGACUCCUCUGCUUCUUCGUCAUCGACUAUCGGAGAUGAAUACGAAAAGAUGAUGGGAGGAGAGGACGAGGGAACUCAAGAAGUUGACCUUCCGCCGGACAGCUCUACCUCUUCUUUAAAAGAUGAAAAUGAAGGAAAAGAGACCGCUCCGGGGUCGGUUGUCGCCGAAGACGCCGUAGAGAAAGAAGAGAAGGAAGAAGGGAAGCUGUCAUAUAUAAAAGAAGAAGAGGAAGAAGAAGAAGAAUCGUCGUCAUCGUCAUCGUCUCGAAAAAUUUCCUCCGAGGAAGAGGCAUCGAAGAAGGAAACGGAAGAGUCGAUGACUUCGUCAACGCCGUCAGUCGGCGAAACGGAGAAAGAGUUGUACGAAGAAGCCGCAAAGGCGGACGAUGUCGCCGUCGUCGAGGAUAAAGACGAGAAAGUUUCAGAAGAAGAGGAAAGUUUCGACGACAUGACAGAACCAGCUUCGACAAACGAAGCCGACGGCGCGAAAAAGACACUCGAAGAGGCUGAAAAAUACGUCGAGCUGAAAGAUGUGUAUGAAGCUGUAAGUGAAGAGAAGAGAACGUCGUCGUCGUCAAAUGAUGGUGAAAGUGGAGAAACUGUUGAAGAAAUGAAAGAGCCUGCGUCAGAAUCUGUCGAAAAAGAGGAAGAUUCAGUUAAGAGAGACGAAGAAAUCGUCGAAGAAGAUGCAGCGACGAAGGAGUUGGAAAUGCCGGUUGAAAAGAAGGAGGAAAAAGUAGAAUCGAAACCAGACGAGUUGAAAUCGAAAGAGACUGAAGAAAGCGACACUGGCAAGGGAGAAAAUGAAGAUGUAUCUUUUGAAGGCGCAACGGAAACGACUACGGAUGAUUAUAAUGAUAAUAAUGAGAGCGGCGCGUCUUCUUCAGGGACCGAGAAGCGAAGACAUCGUCAUCGCAACACGACGCAUUCGAGAAGGUCUUCCACAACCCAUCGUCACAGAAACAGUAAGAAAAGCACAGAAGCUUCGGAUUACGACGAUUCCUCCGUGAAAGAAGAGGAGAAAACGCAAGAACGACCAGUUGAAGAAAAAGAAGAAGAAGAUUUGACCGCAGUCGCCGCUCUCGGCAACAGCGAAGAAACACCUAAUAAGGAGGAGGAGAACGAAAAGGAAAAGGAAGAAUCUACUCGCGAGGAGGAAGUUCUUGAAGAGAAAAAAGAAGAAGAGAUGAUCGAGGAAGAGAAAGAAGAGUUGGAGGAGAAGGAGAAAAAGGUGGAGGAGGAGGAGGGCACCGUCGACGACACCAACGAUUCAUCGUUUGACUCGGACUUCUCUGCCGAAAGCGGCGAUAGCGGAGAAAAAGAGGAAGAGAAAGAAGAAAAGAAAGAAGAAGAAGCCAUUCGUGAAGAGCUUCAAGAAGAAGAGGAAGAACGAGAAGAGGAAAAGAUGGAAGAAGAGCAAGAAUUAGAACAAGAAUUAGAACAAGAAGGAGGGGAAGAGGUAUCUUCGUCGUCGUCGUCUUUUUCUCGAAGAGAACGUGCGAGUGGAUUCCGGGAUGAGGAGGAAGUCGAGGCUGAUUUAGAACCAGCAUCGGACACGAACGAUUACACUUCCUCUUCUGAUUACAGCGAUGAUUCCUAUUCGUCAUCUCGCAAGCCCGUUGGCUUACCAGACUUCAAUAACAUGAUGUCAAACGUCCAAAGUGGGAUGUACAACGUUCAAAUGUUUGCCUUUCUCGUGGCAGUAUUUGCAAUUUUACUUCUCGGCGCGUACGCCAAGUUUAAGUACGAACGCUGGAUGCGAGGUCCGGCUCCGCGUGUCGGUGGUGGAAGUAGAAGCGCUUUCUCGUCGCAAACCACGACGCCGAACAAGGGUCCUCCGAUUGAAUGGUCUGAGGAUUGGAGCGAUGACGACGAUUUAGACGACGAUUUCGGACCGGUUCAUAAAAUCGUUUGA